AUGUCGAAAUUCGGCGGCUUCGUGAAGAACGGGUGGCAUCCCGAGAAGGAGGGCACCACCUUCAAAGGCCAAAUGAAAGGUCUCGUCGGCCGCGGCGAGUCCAAGGACCAGCGCAACAAGGACCACGUGUCCCGCCCUCUUCACACCCUGACCGACCCGUCCUCGCUGCCUCCCCCACCGCAACGUCGCGGCACCGGCCUCGGCCCUGGCCCCGCGCCAUCCUCUUCCGGCGGCGAGAAGCGCAAGCCGGUCACCGCGCCAUCCAAGUAUCAGGACCCCCAUGGGCCGCGCGUCGAGCCGCCCGCUCGCACAGCCCGUGUACCGACACAAUCUGAGGAGGAGGAGGCGGAGGCGGAGGCGGCCCCUGCACCUCCUCGCCCGUAUCGAACCAACACCACAGGCUUGCGGACCGACCACUUGCCGCUGCCGCCGGGCCGUCGGGACGGCGCUGAUGGGAGGAGCCCACCAUCGUACAGCGCGGCGACCAAUACGACGAGGGCCGCACCACCAGCGCUUCCCGGGCGUGGCGGCAGUGCUGCUGCGGCGCCGAGCCUACCGCCCCGACUGCCGCCUCGCGGGGCCGGUGAUGCCGCAGUCACCCCUCCUUCUACGAGUCCACAACCAACGGGCGGCGGUCUACUAAAUCAGAGUGCGGUGAACCGCCUCGGCGCCGCUGGAGUAUCCGUACCUGCUCUCGGUAUCAGUAAGAGCAACAGCAGCGCCAGCAGUGCCAGCAGCCAGCAGCAACAAGGUGGCAGCCACAUGAACGAGCUACAAAAUCGCUUCGCGCGCUUUAACACUUCGUCCUCCACACCGCCGCCGCAGCAGGAACAAAGUGCACCUGCACCGAGCCAAGGCACGACGUGGGCGCAGAAGCAGGCCGCGCUCAAGACGGCGUCGCAAUUCCGUGACGACCCCUCGAAAGUGUCGCUGACCGAUGCUCGGGCGGCGGCCAGCACGGCUAACAACUUUCGGCAGCGCCACGGCGACCAGGUGGCCGCGGGGUAUAGCCGGGCGCAGGCUUUCAACGGGAAGCACGACGUAACAGGCAAACUGGGAGGCCUCGCGAACAGGUUUGGGGGCGUGGCGGGUCAGGGGGGACAGGAGACGCCUGCACAAGAUACACCAACGGUGGGUGGGAAGAAGAAGCCGCCUCCUCCACCACCGCCCAAGAAGAAGCCGGGUCUCGGGACGGUGGCGGCCGCGGAAGACGGGGAUGCGCCGCCUCCAAUUCCCAUGUCAACGCGGCCAAACUUCUAG